GGGGUAUGAAUGACAUUUACGAAAAGGCAAUCAAAAAAUUAGAAUUGGCCCGCAGACUGUCCUUGGGACCCAAUUACACUUCUGCUGAGGAGAAAAAAAUUAACCCUAAUGAUAGUUUAAUAAUCAAAGCUCUUAAAGAAAAAUACCAAAACAUAACCGAUGAGGAUGUGUGA